CGUGAGCGACAGCCCACCGGCUUGCGCUCUCCGAACCCGACCAGCCAAAGUUUCGAUUCGCAACCGACGGCUGACCCCAGAGACGAUUGUCAGAAGCGCUCCUUGCGGUUGGACUCGGCCUCUGUGGUGCCGCGGUGUUGCUAAUCAUCGCCACUGAGGGUCGGCCCACCGCAUCUCCCCCUCCUCGUGUGCCCUGUCGACCUUUAAGGGGAGCUCGCUCUCAAGCAGACUUAUGAGGCAACCGGGGAGGAGGGGGGUGAUGGAGAUCGUUUAGCGUCCGCGAUGACGGGAGCCGGUUUCGCUUUCUUUUCAGGCGCCGCGAUUUUGGCGGGAAAAGUUGCGGGGAUUUUAUUUAAAAAAAAAAGUUUGAGGGAGCGAUUUUAUUUUUUCGUCCGCGAUUCUAAACGUGGCGUAAACUUUCACUACCCACCUCACCGAUUCCCCGCGGGGUUUACCCACGUGGAUCGCGUACACUACCGCGACGAAGCACGGAAUUGAUACCGAGGAGAGGCCAGCCGCAUCACCCUGGCACGCCCGUGUGGCAGGAACUGUAACAUAUAUACACAGCAAGGACUGGCCCCUCAGCUCUUCCUUCACCAUCUUGGCCUUCUCACUGUCUCCAGCCGACUAACGACAACACUUCUUCCCAUCACAAGAUCGCAGAGACUGAUGGCCUCCAUGUAGCACAAACCCAACAUGAGACGCAACAUGGACGACGAGGAGACCGCCGUCAUGAGGGGCAUGUGGAUCCCCCUAGGGUUACCAUACAUUGGCAAGAACGGAGCUCCUCUCCCCAGCAUGUGCGAGUUCAUGUUUAGAAAAAUGGUCAGCCAGAGCACCCAGACAGAGUUUGCAGAUGAAGCCCAGGCCAACCCAAGAACAUGGGCUAAUGCAUUCAGCCAGACAAUGGACAUUGCCUGGGCUAGCCCGAUUGGCCCGCCUAAAGGAACGUUACGGAAAAGCCCUUUUGACCUGGCUAAAGACAUUGCUCGGGCUAGCCUGUACUGCCGGGGCAGAGAAGAGAUGGACACACCUCAAGAUUACCACGUCGCCCUGAAAAAAGGCAUUGCACAGGUUAGCCCCAUCGGAAUGGAAGGAAGCAUUGCCCGGACUCAUCCAGAUGGCAUGGAUGAUGAACAGGGGUACAUAGAAAAUGUUACCCUGGACAAUCUAUCUCAGGAAGAGGGGUUUGUGGCCGUCUUGAAGGAGUAUGGAGAUAUCUCUGAAGGAAUGGAGCUGAUUGACCAGCAGCAAAACUGCACGAGACAACGUCCCCCUGUCAAGAGAGGGUCCUUGUUAGAGGCAGAGCUGGAAACAGGGCUGGACAAAGAGCAGAUGACACCUGCAGAUGGCAGCAGUCACCAGGCAGGAAACAUCACCUUGAAGAUGUGGACGAUUGCUUCCGUUGGUGCCACAGCGGUGUUCGUGGAGGGUAUCCGAACGGACAUCAACGUGAUGUGGCACAGCAGUGUUAUCGUGCAGCGCCUGUCUGCGCGCCAACUCAAGACUAAGUCUGGUGCCAUCUACAGUCUCAAGGGUCCUCCAAACUUCCCUAACCGGGAGCCUUCUGUAUUUCCAAGUGCGGUUUACAGAAAGUUCGCGGAUGGAUUUCCAGACGACUGGGACAAGAUCCUGACUCGACACUUAGCAAUUCACAAAACAGAGACGCGUGGGGCUCAGCCAUCAGAAAGGGGGGAAUCUCCUGCCAAGGACAAGGCACGGCAGACAAAGACCACCUCCUUAACCAAGCGCCAGCUUCCUAAAGCACCUUGCACAAGGAGCGGGCGGCACGUGAGGCCCCCACUGGACUACUGGAGGGGCGAGCACCUGAUCACGGACCCCAAGACGGGCAAGGUGCAUGUGACGGCCGGUGGGCACGACUACCUGCUGAGCCACUCCAUCACCACCCCGGCCCGCAAACAUCUGUACGAGAUGGAGAAAUCUGCUGGAGACGUGACGGACAAGUCUCUCAAGAGGCCGAAACCAAGAAGCAUGAAGGCCCCGGCACGCCAGGUCAGCGAUCACGAUGGCACCACAAAGGGCUCCCACAAGCAUCAGCAGAUCGUACCAAAGCCAACAGCAAGAAGGUUGAUUGAGGUCAAGUUGGCCUUGGAUGCACUGCUGCAGGACCUGAGCUCGGCCAACCAGACAGAGAGCCGCACGGAGCAGACGGAGAGCCACACGGAGCAGACGGAGAGGGGUUCGCUGGGCGGUUCAGGGUCCACCGGUGGCGAGGUGGCCCAGAUGGACCAUAACAGUGUGAAACCUGUGCCAUCUAUAUACCUCAAAACAAUCCUUCCAGACACACUGAGCGCGAUACAGAGUUUACCCAGUCCAUCGGAUGCACAGACUCUGGAGCCUCCACAACCUUGUGAGAACCAAGUUGCUCUCCAGCACAGCUCCAAGAAGCGUACGUUGACCUUACAGGACCCCACGGAGCUCCUAACAGAGCUAGAGGAGUGCACAGAGGCAAUUGAUGAAGAAGAGUCGGCGAGCAAGGGCAUUGUGCGGAAGGCAAAGCGGUUCAGGACGACCUCGGGCCCCACCAUGUCCACUGCCGCUACACCAACGAAGGAAGUGGGUGCCCAGAGUGAGCGGCAACGUGUGGAGUCAGAGGGUCACAGCCCGAGCGGACCAGCCUCGAAAAAACCAUUCCAGAAACCUCGGAACCACGAGGCGACGGGGAAUGAGGGAGACGUGGGAUGGCCUCAGAGCAGCAGCUCUAGUAGCGAGUGCCCUUCUCGCAGCAAGCGCCUCCGUACGCGGAGCGAGAGGAAAGCACUGCAUCUCAGAGCAGCUAAAAGGAGUUCUAUGGAGGCUGUCACCAAGGCAGCCAGGUUUCAGAAUCUACAGGUUUCAGAAUCUACAAAGACCGUGGGUGUGAAGCCAGGCAUGGGCAGCAUUGGGGCCAAUGGCGCUGCUUGUGCGUGGCGUUCAUUGCAGCUACCCCUCAGCAGUGCAGAUUUACCCUUGAAUACGGCCGCAGACUUCAUAUUUUCUGCAAUCACAGAGUCGGAGUACAACCUCCACCUCCGGUAUGCUGAGGGAGACCAUGACCUUUCUGACUGAGCAGUGGCACCACUCUCCCAAUAUCAUCAAUGUGGCCUUAUUCAUUCAGCCGGUGCAACAUCCUUUGGCCUGCUUUCGAUCAACAGGAGCCACCAGUUGGGCUAAUUAUUAGAUUCAAGGUUCAGACCAAGCCUCAAAAUUUUUGUUUGUAAAGGAAAGUCGUGGUUUUAAUUUACUUUGUUGUCCUUUAUUGAAUAUUUUAAAUGUUUUUAUCUAAACAAGAAUCACACUACUUGAAACUGUCACCUACACACACGUCAGGUCUAUGGCUUAAAUUAUCUGUUGCAAUGAGGCAAAAGCCCUCACCCCAGAAACAAACCCGGUCUUGUGUCAAAUGCUGAUAAAGGCAAUAAAGCAUAUUUAUUAAGAAAAUCGA